AUGGCAACAUCGGCAAGACACCGUGGUAUUCCGAAGACAGAUCAUACGUCAAAAGAACCGCCCGAGAACCAGUCCGAGGCCCUGAACGCCAUUAUAGAGGACGAAUUUGUGGCCGAGAAUCAACGAUCAGCAUGGAUAUGUGUUAUCGGGUCUUUCCUUUUCCUGAUGCCCUCAUUCGGCUUUAUUCAAUCCGUAGGAACUGUACAAGCAUAUCUCCAAGAGAACCAGCUUGAACAGUAUUCCGCUCGAGAUAUUGGAAGGAUCACCGGUGUCUACACAUUUCUCACCAUGUUCCUCGGUAUUCAGACCGGUCCGCUCGUAGACGUUUUCGGGACAACAUAUCUAGCACCACUAGCAACUGCGUGUACGGUCCCGAUGUUUUUCUUGCUGGCUGAGUGCAGAAUCUACUGGCAUUUCAUUCUGUGUUUAGGAGUUUUGGGCGGCAUUGGCAAUGCCUUUUCCACAACUAUCGGCAUCGCUGUCAUAGGCAAGAUCUUCCAUCGUCGACGUGGCCUAGCAAUGGGGAUCGCACUAGCAGGUUCAUCUACCGGAGGUAUCAUAUUCCCUCUAGCUUUGCGACAGAUCUUCCCAAUUUGGGGAUGGAGAUGGUCCAUGAGGGCUCUCGGCUUCAUUGUCCUGGGAAUCAUGUUGCUGGGUAUGGCUUGUCUCUCGCCGUUCUCUCGGUUGGUUUCCAAAGCUCAGGACGACACUCGGUCCAUUGGACUCAGCAAGAAGAGUGCAGCGAUGGACUUUUCAGCAUUUCGUUCGGUGCCCUUCUCUCUCAUCACAGGUGCUAUAUUCCUUCUGGAGUUUGUGAUAUUCGGCGCUACAGCUAUACUGCCAACUCUUGUUGCGUGGGCCGGUUUUCCUGUGGAGUCUGGAUACAACAUGGUUGCGAUUCUCAACGGCCUUUCAUCUCUCGGGCGCAUUCUUCCCGGUCUGGUGGGCGACCAUGUUGGGCACUUCAAUAUCUUGUUGGUUAUGGUGUUGUUCACAUUGAUUUCCACAGCGGCAACACUGACCGUGUUUGGAUCAAUUCGCAUCGAGGCACUGUAA